GUUCCCAGCUUGAGCUCUUCUGUGACGCGUCUCGGUUGAAAAAGUAAACUUCAGUUCACAGAGAAAUUCAAUGGGAAGGUGAACACAAACCAUGAAGCUCCGGUGAAAAGUCCUCAGAGAGUUUGGAAUAAGCCCGCUGGAGACUGCAGGGUCCCGUCGUUUUACGUGUUUUGGUCGAAAACUAUUCAUUGAGCACAAGAUGAUGUCCGACGCCAGCGAGAUGUUGGCUGCAGCCUUGGAGCAAAUGGAUGGGAUCAUAGCAGGCUCCAAGGCCAUGGACUACUCCAAUGGUCUGUUUGACUGCCAAUCACCCACAUCACCUUUUCUGGGAGGCCUUCGGGUGCUGCACCUACUGGAGGACCUGCGAGCAGCGCUGGAGCUCAUGGACAACGAGGAGAGGGACAACCUGAGGUGUCAGAUCCCGGAUUCCACCGCAGAGGGACUGGCAGAGUGGCUGCAUGGAAGAAUGACCAACGUUCCCGGUGCAGAGGCGGUAUACCAGGAGCGCCUGUCGCGUCUGGAGAGUGACAAAGAAUGCCUUAUCCUUCAGGUAAGUGUCUUAACGGACCAGGUGGAAGUGCAAGGCGAAAAGAUUCGGGAUCUAGACAAAUGUCUUGAGCAUCAUCGGGAGAAACUGAAUGCUACUGAGCAGCUGCUUCAACAGGAGCUGUUGAACCGGUCAGCGCUGGAGACCCAGAAGCUGGAGCUGAUGACUGAGGUGUCCAGCCUGAAACUGAAGCUAACUGCUGUGGAGCGAGAUCACAAGGACAAUGAGGGCUUGCAUCAGGAAGUAACAGACCUACGGUUCAGGGUGACUGACAUAGAGAAUGAAAGGCUGCAGUGUGAGAAGAAACUCAAAACAACCAAAGAGGAACUGCAGCUUCUGCAGAAGCAGCUGGAGGAGAGAGAGAUGGAGCUGAGGAGGCUGAAGGAUGACGGCAGACUGAGAGUGGAGAGCCACAACAGAGCCGAGGGAGGAGAAAGAGAUGCUGAAAUGUUGAAGAUGAAGAGGGUGUUGGAAUCACUGACAUCAGAAAACGACGAUAAGGAGAGGAGGAUUAAAGAGCUGGAGGAGUCGCUUAUUAAGUGCAAAAAGGUGCAGGAGCUGGUCAAAGAGAAGCUGAAGGAAGAUGACUACGAUGAUAUCCCAGAUGAUCCCUCGGUCGCUGUCUCCAUGGAGGUGGAUCAGGUCACCCUGGAGUUGGAGGGGGAGGCAGGAAGGAGCUCCGGCGAGUCUAUUCCUUGCAUAGCAGUGCUCUCAGAGAUGAAUGACCUGGACAGAGAGCGACAGUUACAGGCAGCCAAAAGUUCUGUAGGUGUCAUACAGCCAGACUACUCAGCUGUAACCAGCAGCUCUGACCAGGCCAAAAAUAAAGCAGGACCUGGUUCCUCCCCCCCUUCUAAGGGAAAAAACACAAGCGAGGACAGUUUUGGUACAAAGAAGGCCCGCUCCUCUUUUGGCCGUGGUUUCUUUAAGCUGCGUGGAGGCAAACAGGCAGCCAGCUCCCCCAACCUUGCAGAGACAGACCGCAAAGGCACGGAGCACCUCGACUUGGCUGGCGUUCCUCCUCGAAAAUCUCACGAUGGAGCUGCUCUGCCGUCCUCCCCAGAAACCAAAAAGAAGUCUAGAGGGUUGAAGAAGUUUUUUGGCAGGCUGAAGAGGAGUCACUCCACCUCCUUCAACCUCGAUGAUGCAGCUGAGAUGGAGUUCAGGAGGGGCGGAGUCAGAGCCACAGCCGGACCUCGACUCGGCUGGUCGCGUGAACCAAAGCACAAUGGUGUCGAUGUUCCUUUUGCACGGUGGAGUAAAGAGGACGUAUGUGUGUGGCUCCAUGAGCAGGGCCUGGGGUUGUACGCUGCCCAGGGCCAGAGCUGGAUCAAAUCAGGACAAACGUUACUGCAGGCGUCACAACACGAUCUGGAGAAGGAGUUGGGCAUGAAGCUGCCUCUCCACAGGAAGAAGCUGCAGCUGUCCCUGCAGGCUCUCGGGUCAGAGGAGGAGGAUCUGAAGGGCAAAUUGGACCACAACUGGGUGAACAGAUGGCUUGAUGACAUCGGCCUCCCGCAGUACAAAAGUCACUUUGACGAGGCUCGUGUCGAUGGACGCAUGCUGCACUACAUGACAGUGGAGGACUUGCUGUCUCUGAAGGUUGGCAGCGUUCUCCAUCACCUCAGCAUCAAAAGAGCAAUUCAAGUCCUCCGACUCAAUUUCUACGAACCCAGCUGUCUCAGACGACGACCCUCUGAUGAGAACAAUUUCACACCGGCUGAGAUCUCCCAGUGGACCAACCACAGAGUGAUGGAAUGGCUGCGCUCUGUGGAUCUGGCAGAAUAUGCCCCCAACCUGAGGGGGAGUGGGGUUCAUGGAGGGCUGAUGGUGUUGGAACCUCGUUUCAAUGUGGAAGCGCUCGCCCUUCUGCUCAACAUUCCUCCCAACAAAACCCUGCUGAGACGCCACCUGGCCACACAUUUCCAUCUGCUCAUCGGUUCAGAGGCUCAGCGGCUCAAACAGGACUGUCUGGAAAACCCAGACUACAGCGUCCUCACAGCCACAGCCAAGGUCAAGCCCAGACGUCUGUCGUUCGGUGGUUUUGGCACUCUGAGGAAGAAACGUCAUGACGAUGGUGAGGAGUACAUCUGCCCCAUGAAUGUGGAAAUGCCCAAAAACAGCAGCUUCCAGAGGAGCGUUCGGAUCUGUGAGGAGAACUUUGACCAUCUGGAACAGAUGGAAGACUCUGAAGGAACUGUCAGACAGAUAGGAGCGUUUUCUGAGGGAAUCAAUAAUCUGACGAGCAUGCUGAAGGACGAUGAGUUUUUCCGGGAGAUCUCCGUUUGCCCUCCAGAGGACGACACGGCAGAAAUGCACAGUAACUCCAACAUCUGACGCCAUUUUCAUCAUUCACACAGAGCCAUCGUUUUCAUGACCAUAUAUUUAUUGAAGUUGUCCAAAACAUAUUGCAUGAACUGAAAAUGCAAACAUUUAGUAGCAUUAAUGUACCCCUUUCUACAUUUAUGAGGGUGUUUAUUAUUCAAGCAUUUGUGGUUUUUAUUCAGUAAUCAGUGAGUGAAGCUUUAAGCGCUCCUCCCCUUAUUUAGGGGCUCAGCUGUAGUCAGAUUCAUGUUUGUGGUACGUGAAGUUACAUCAUUCCCUUCAACAUUAGUUCAUUCUAGUGGAGUCUAGCUACAGAGGUAGACAGGAUUUUACUUGUGCAGGUUUUGAAGUUUCUGUCACCUCUCCAGUAUGAUGGAGGUGUGGAAGUUUCAAAACCUGCACCAGUAAAACCAGAACUAUCUCUGGAGCAAGACUUCACUGGGAGGGAGAAGUAGAAAUGUGUUUCUAUUCUUAAUGACAAUUAGAUGAGCCACAUAUACCACUCCUGUCUGUGUCUUAGGCUUGACUUAUGUCUACAUCAUAGUCUGCUGUUGUGUUUCUUUGUGUACGUCAAACAAUAGAGACUAAAAGAGUGAGGAAGUUAAUAAA